GUGCGUCAUGACGUCAUAUCUGUUAUCAUCUCAGAAGCUCUGGGAGCGAUAGUCUCGGCCUGCUGCACAGGCCACACCGCAGGAAUUAGCCCUAAAUAGGACCCUCAACUGAGACUCAUUUUGUAAUUGAUUUUAUGGUGCUGAUAGAACAUGGGAAACCUCAGAAGAGAGGUCAACAUACAGCUCAUAAGGACAUCUUUGUAAAGCCAGUCUGUUGGGAGAGAGUGGACAUUCUGACUCCCACAUGGAAACCAAUUUUUUGGGUGUCUGCAUAGAGUUCUACUUGUACUUGCAGAUUGAAAAGUGAUGCCAUCAGCACAUGGACAAAAUAAUAUCAUCAUGGAAAAGCAGAAGUCAGUGAAUAGUGCUUCAGCACCGUUGGGUGGAGAAUCGAGUACCUUCAUCUGCACUGAGUGUGGUGAUGGGUUCAGUCAGUACUCUAAUGUGCUGGCCCACAUGGCCAUUCAUGGACCUUUGGAGUCUUUUUCCUUCGAUGGCUCAUCCAAUGGAUUCGAAGUCCCCCGAGAAUAUGUGCUACAAGAAAAUGGUACACUGACAGUUGUGAAUGGCUUGGCACAGUCCCAUUCCUCUGUGAAACCAGUAUCUCCGGGAGUCCUGCCAUCACAUUUCUCAUGCCCUAUUAAAUCAGUGUCUCCAACCUUAAGGCCACAACCUUCCCCUUACAGAGAUGUGUUCAGGCCAAGGCCAUCAGACUUAACCUUGGACAAGUCUCGUCAGGGCCAUUACCGUUGCGAAAUAUGUAGCAGAUCUUUCAACAGCCUGCAGAGUUUACAUCGCCACCAGCAGUAUCGAAACACAGAGCGAGGAUACAAGUGUACUUUGUGCUGUAAAAUCUUUGAAGGUAGACAGGACCUUGAGAAACACCUUCAGGACCACGCCAAUGAAAGGUUUCACUACUGUGGUCAUUGUGGUAAACGAUUCCUUAAAGUGGAUUCACUUAAUGCUCAUCAAAAAGAAAACCACUUUUCCCCCAAGGCUAUAGCUUUGGGUAAAUUAGAGAAUAAGCAAGAUAAAAAGUUUGAGAAAACAUACCCUUGUAGGAAGUGCAAGUUGAUUUUUUUCUGGAUGUCAGAUUUUCAGACACAUUCACUGUACCAUUGCAAAGGAAAAGAGCCUGAUGCUACUUUUGCAUCUGAAAUUGAAAUUGAAGUGAACUCUAAAAACCUAGAAGACAUGCCACUUGAAAACUGUCACAACAAUGGCACAUCUAUUGAUCUUAAGAAUGGGGAUACUAAAAUCUUUAGUUAUACAAGCAGUGAGAUUGAUACAGAAUACUCAUUUACACCUUACAGAUGUGGUUUAUGUGGGGAUCGUUUCCAAAAGUUAACAGCUCUAAAGGAGCAUCAUCUCACGCAUCAAACUCAGGAGGAAAUAGAUCAGCUGAAUCAAGAAUCACAAAAAACGUUUAAGCGAAGAAUGCAGCCUAAAGGCAGACAUAGAAGAGGGAGUAAUCCAAAUGGCAAGCUGCAUCCUUGCAAGCACUGUCAUCGUGUCUUUAAUCAUUCUAGUAGUUUAUCUCGGCACAUGAGAUACCAUAAGGGGACUAUGCACACAUGUGUAUUUUGUGGUAGACAUUUUCCACAGCGCUGUGAUUUGAGAAGGCAUGUAGCCAUGUACCACAAAGCUGAAUUGGAAAAGAAACCAGGUUUGAAACACUUGUAUACAGCUCCACAAAAUGGGCCUACCCCUAGUUCUCUUAAUGGUGAGAAAACCCCAAGUUCUCCUGACGAGAAAACCAAGAGCUCCUCUGACAAUGAACAAACCACAUCACCAGAGCAGCCUCCAAAGGGGAAGCAAUCAGGAAAAGCAGGGCGAGUUAACUACAAGUGUCAGGAAUGUGGUAAGAGAUUUGGGCUGUUAUGUGUGUACCAACGGCAUUUGCGCUAUCACAAAAAGGAACCUAGCAAGUGCCCCCGAUGUCCAGCUCAGUUCAGGAAUUCCUCAUCCCUUGAGCUUCACCUUCAAAAUCAUCCAAGCACUGGAGAAGCAGAUGAUGUUGGACAGACUUCUCACUGCACUGGCUCCAGUGGGGGCCCUCUUCGAGAAAAGGGUAAUAUAGAGGAUAUGGAGGAUGACUAUAUGGACCAUACUCAAAACGAUAAAGGAAUUUCUUCUGAGGUUCUUUACGAAUGCACUGAGUGCACUGAGACAUUCUUAUGCUUGGAGACAUUUCUUCAGCACCAGACUUCUCAUGGCUCAGAAAGCAACGGGUAACUAUGAUGUCCGACCCAUUAGUCAUUGUUAUUGCCAACAGUCAAGCUCUUAGGAGUGGAGUGUUUUUGACUCCUUUGAAUGCAAGUAUUUGAACUGUAUAGGGUAAGAACUGAUGUAAAGUUUGUUUGCAAUGGUUAUUUUACAUAGCUAUUUUCACCCACACUGUUUUUCUGGCAUGUGGAGAAAAAUUCUGGGCAUUGGUGAAUUUGAAACCAAUGGAAGCAUGAAGUAAGGCUUGGGUGACGAGCGUAUCAAAUUACCUUUUAAUUAUCUCAGAAUAAAGUUAAAUAAAAAAUAGACACAACUACAACAUCCACCUGGGUAAAAUGCUAGUUUAAGUGUUGUAUUUUUCCACAGGCUAUCAUUGUAGUUCAUUUCGAAGUCCCAGUUGUUGACUAGCUAGGAUAAAUAUAUUUCUUUUUAUUGUAUUUUUUAGUGGCUACCUAUGCUGUUAUUGUCAUUUGUAUUGCAGUAUUUCCAACAUAUUUUACUAGCACAUAUGUGUGAGAUUUUCUUUUAAUAUUUCGUAUGUGUAUAUCUUCCUUUUUUUAAAGGAUAGCAUUGUCAAUGAGUAGAUUUAUAAUUGUGCCAUUAAAAUUGUACAGUGGAAUUUAUGUGCUAUCAGUUUUCCUUUUUGAAAGUAAAAAACUCCCAUGAACUACACAUUUUUCUUUCCUCUAUAUAUAUACUUUAGGUGUUUUAGUUCACAUUUUUAUGGAAUUGCUAUAUAGCAAUUUUUCCUUUGGCAACUCCUGGUGGUAGUUUCAGACACUCUUCUAGGAAAAUGUGGGUUCUAAAUAGCCCCAGAAUAUGGCUGAUCCCCUGGGUAUUUUGGUAUCAUUUACAAAACCAGAGACCGGUUGAAGAUCCCUUUUUCAUGGACCACCAAAGUGGUCAGGAGGUUACCAGAAUAACUGGAAAACAUCCUCUGGCAAAUUUCAUGGCAAUGGCAGUUUGGGUUAGGAUUGACAGGCUGACAAACUACUGCUAUUAGAAACAAGAAAUGUAAGAAACCCCUAGCAGCCAGGGUUAUUGCUUGUGGGCUGACAUUUCUUGUUUGUUUGGGUUUUUUUGUUUUUGUUUUUUUUUUUUUAUUCUCCCUUACAGAGUGACUGCAGUGCUGUUAAGACAUGAAACUUCUUGCUUUAACGUUUCUUGAACCUAACUGUAGUGAUACUGAUUCUGACAUUUUGUGCAAAUGUUUAGAGAGUACCAAUAAUCUAGGGUGUUCCUGUUUGGUGGCUAUGAGAAGUUUUGAACUGUAUUUAAGGUGGUGUACUCCACAUAGGGAAGGCCAGCAAGACUAAACUGGAAAGCCUGCUACUGUCAGAUGUUUGCUCUUUUUUCCUCUAUUUACAAUUUUGGACAGUAAGUAAAAUAAAGUUUGCACCAAAAGCAUUUAGUAAUGGUUGAAGUUGAAGGUUCCCCUGGGACCUUGCACAUCUGCAGUUAAAAAAUAUGCCAGAUCUCCUGUGCACCCUUUUUUUUUUUUUUUUGUUAAACUAUCUUUACAUAUGUCUGAGUGAAUGAAAUCCUGUGUAUCCUGAGACUUUAAUCCAACUGUAACUUUAGGUCAACUGAAAUUCUUUGUAAAAACUUAAUAACCUACACAAUUGGAUGUGGGCAAAGACCACAUGAAGAUGGCCAUUUAUGUCUUGUAACCACUUCCUUUUCUUCCUGGCUAUAGAAUACCUGCUCUUUCAUACCCAACACAGUACCCGCAGUACACCCAAUACAGUUUUAAUAAAAGGCAGAAACACA